AUGACCACGAUAACCAAAGGUAGAUCGGAGUUUGAGAUUUCAUCGACUUUUUUCAAAUCCAAGAACCCUAACCUUGAUCGAUUGAUUUGUUGGAACUUGAAACUGGUGUUCAACAAGAAGCAAUCAAAUGGUAGCAGAGUGUUGGAUGCAGUGACACUUCAAAAUGUGUUGAUCGACGAUGAUAUAAAGGAAAUUGUUGGAGGCAUUAAUAAGAAAGGAAGCAUAUUUAGAUUAGGAUCUCAAGCUGCUACUAUCAAAGAAUUUUUAAAAUCAUCUUCUUUUAUAUCUAUUGAUGUGUCGUCAGAUAAAGUUGUUGCUAUUGAGGUUAAGAUUGAAGCAUUAACUGCUGAGCUUGAGAAGAAGAAUCUUGAACAAGAAAUGAUAAAACAAAAGAUAGAGCAUUGGGAGCGAAUGUUUGGAAGUUUUAUGCCUAAUCCUAAUCAAAACUUUCCACUUCAACCAGAAGGGGAAGUAGAUAAUGAAAAUGUUGAGAUGAGUGAUGGAAAACUUUAA